GCCGGGCCGGGCAGAGCGGGGCAGGGCCGCUCCCGGGUCGGGCUCCGGGGCUGCCAGGCCGGGCUGUGCCCGCCGUGCCCCGCGGAGCUCCCGGUGCGAGAAUUCCGCGCGCCUCCACGCGGGGCCGUGCGCGCAGCGGGGUUCGGUCUCUGCCGGCGCUGCCUUCCCUGAGGAACGCGGGGACGGACGGAGCGGCUGCGGGACUGAGCUCUCCCUGGGAGGGGUCACAGCCCCAGGCUGCCAGAGCUCCGAGCCUUUGGACUCCCACCGGCUGUCUGUGCAGGGCCGGGAGCUGCACUGGGUGGUCCCUGUGGGUCCGUCCGCCUCAGGACAUUGUGUGGUUCUUUGUUUAGAACCCCCUUCAGCUGCUCUCAGCAUCCUCAGCAGGAUCCACAGAAAUGGGGAACACGAGCAGCGAGCGAGCGGGGCUGGAGCGCCAUGGGCACAAAGCCUCCCGAGGGGACAGCUCAGGAGGAGCCAAGGAGGGGGACAGACCAAAAAUCCUCAUGGACAGUCCUGAAGAUGCAGACUUGUUCCAUUCAGAGGAAAUGAAGGCUCCUUUGGAGAAGGAAGAGUUUCUAGCUUGGCAGCAAGAUCUGGAAGUGAAUGACAAAACCCCCACUCAAGCUCGGCCAACAGUCUUCCGCUGGACUGGAGGAGGGAAAGAAGUUUUUUUAUCAGGGUCCUUCAACAACUGGGGCAAAAUUCCUCUGACAAGGAGUCACAAUAACUUUGUGGCAAUCCUGGACCUGCCAGAAGGAGAGCACCAGUACAAGUUCCUUGUGGAUGGGCAGUGGACACAUGAUCCUGCAGAGCCAGUAGUAACCAGCCAGCUGGGUACUGUCAACAACAUCAUCCAGGUGAAGAAAACUGACUUUGAAGUGUUCGAUGCUUUGAUGGUGGACUCCCAAAAAUGUUCAGACAUGUCUGAGCUGUCCAGUUCACCCCCAGGACCGUACCACCAGGAGCCCUAUGUCUGCAAGGCAGAGGAGCGCUUUAAAUCUCCACCCAUUCUCCCCCCACACCUGUUGCAGGUCAUCCUGAACAAGGACACAGGCAUUUCUUGUGAUCCUGCUCUGCUCCCUGAGCCCAACCACGUCAUGUUGAACCACCUGUAUGCACUUUCCAUCAAGGAUGGAGUGAUGGUGCUCAGUGCUACACACCGUUACAAGAAGAAAUACGUGACCACUUUGCUCUACAAGCCAAUAUGAGCAUCACAGUCAUUUGUGACCAAUUGUUCUGGGCCAGUGCAGUCUCAGAAAAAAUGCUUCACUUAACCAAAUGUACUUCUGCUCUGUGCUGUAGCAAACGAACUCUGAUUUCAUAUUUUUCCUGAGACUUCCAGGUUCUCCUGUAUUUGCCUUAUUUUGUUAGCCCCACCUUGGAAGUUCUUGGAAAUGGCAGCUUCACAGCAACUAGACAGGUGGCAAAGGAAUCAGUGCCCCUUGUCAGCUCAGUUAAAAAACCACCAAUUUAAUUAGGCUGAUUAAUGUGAGGGCAGCAACAGAUCAAAGAGCUUUAGCAGCGAAGCAGACUGGGAGUCUGCCAGCCCAAACUCUAGAAAGUUCAGGAUUCUUGGGGAACCUGAUUUGAGCAUAACACUCAGCAAAAGCAAGCUCAUUACUGCUUCCCUUGCUCAUCAAACAUUAUUUCAGUAGCAAGUUCCAAACUUGCCUGGCUGAAGUAAGUGUGAAUAUUGACGAUCAUUUUGUAGCAGCCUUUUCUGGGCAAAAUCAGCAACAUAAUCACUACAAGCUCGUUAUUAUUUUAUGGUAGAGUGGGGUGCACUGUUUCUACUGUGAAUAGCUCUGUAGUUUUUUCUCUUCAUGAGAACUGAAAUACAUCUUUUCCCCUGUGGAAUUUCUGGUAAGGACAAUUGUUUUUAACGGCUGGAUUUCUCUGUAAAUCGUAAGUGUGUCUUGCAGUAAUCUGCUUUUGGAAACUGCUUUCUCUUGCUGUCACUGAUGAGGACUUCCUUAAGCUGGGAGAGGUGGCUGGAAGGAAAUGGAUUCAGUUUAGGGAUGAGUUCCUCAGUAACAGCCUGAAGUCCUCUGUGUCCAGUGGCCAAACUUACCCCUCAGUGUCAGCAUUGUCAGCUGCUGGGUGCAGCAGCCCUCUGUGCCCAGGGCUGGAGCUGGGCAACUUUUUAUUCUGUUUCUGUUUUCUAUGUGAUGAUAGUAAUGCCAGGCUGCCUGUCCUUGGUGUUGACAGCCUGUUUUAUCCCAAAACAAAUGCACCAUUAAUGCAAACCUGCUGCCAGCAUGCCCCGGGCCUGGGGAGGAGCCAGGAGCCCUUCCCUGGCUUGUUCUGGUGCCUGGGGCACCGUGACUGUGCCAAUGAAAACCAGCCCCGUGCCACUGUGGGGGGGAGAGCACUUUGCCUUCUGUGAGGAGCCUGUGUGGGAACAGAGCUGCUGCAGCCAGCGUGGAGUGAGCCACAGUGGGAGGGUGCUUUGCCAUCCUGGGGUCUGUUCACCAGCCUUGUUGCAAUAUCUUCAGUAGCUGAGUAGAUCUGGGUCUAGUGCAAUGGUUUUCUCUGAAAACUCUUUCUUCAUUCUGUGCUAUGGAUAGUAUUUGGUAUUCUGAACUACAGAAUUGCUUGUUUUCAACCUCUUUAGAAACCAAUAAAACAU